CGUCGGUCUCGGGGGCGUGCUCUCGUCGGUGUAGUCCACUUCCUGUUUCUCUGCCCUGGUUUCGCCCGAUCAGCUGCAUCAGCCCUGCCAUCCGACGAAGACACAAUGUCACAUCAAACGGGCAUUCAAGCGGGAAACGAUGUGAAGGAUAUCUUCGCCAGUGCCAAGAGUGGGCACCAAUAUCGAGCCCUAAAGAUCGUGAUUGAGGAUGAGCAGCUGACCCUAGGCUCCACCAGGAAAGCAUCAAAGACGUGGGACCAGGAGUAUGAUAGCUUAGUGCUGGCCCUCCUUGAGGAAGACAUGCCCUGCUAUAUUCUGUACCGGCUGGACUCCACUAACAACCAGGGCUACGAGUGGAUCUUCCUGGCCUGGUCACCAGACCACUCAUCUGUGCGACAUAAGAUGUUAUACGCUGCUACUAGAGCCACACUGAAGAAAGAGUUCGGAGGCGGACACAUCAAGGACGAGAUCUUCGCUACCGCAAAGGAGGAGUUGACUCUCAGCGGAUACAGGAAACAUCUGACCUCGCUGGCUGCUCCCCUACCUCUCACUGCUGCAGAGGAGGAACUGAGGCAGAUUAAACUGAAUGAGGUGCAGACAGACAUCGGUGUGGACACCAAACACGCGACUCUGCAGGGAGUGGCUUUCCCCAUCCAUAAAGACGCUGUCGCAGCACUCCAACGCUAUAGGGACGGAAAACACAACUACGUACAACUGGAAGUGGACGCUGAACAGGAGCUGAUUCGGCUGUGCAACACUGAGCCAACAGAGUUGAAAGACCUGCCGUUGAGAAUCUCCAAAGUAUCACCACGUUACCACUUCUUCCUCUACAAACAUUCCCAUGAAGGCGACUACUUGGAGUCCACAGUCUUCAUUUAUUCUAUGCCCGGGUACAAGUGUAGCAUCAAAGAGAGGAUGCUGUAUUCCAGUUGCAAAAAUCCCCUGGUCGACAUGGUGGAAAGAAAUCUCCAGAUUGAGAUUGAGAAAAAGUUGGAGAUCGACGACGGGGACGAGCUGACCAGUGAUUUCCUGUAUGAGGAGGUGCAUCCCAAGCAGCAUGCACACAAGCAGGCCUUCGCCAAGCCCAAAGGGCCCGCGGGGAAGAGGGGAUACCGCCGCCUCACCCGACCACCCGCAGAGGGAGAGGAGGAAGAUUAAACAGACCUCAGCAGCCAGGCCACCACCUCCACUCCGAGCACGUUCCACAGUGGAGCAUUCCUGUGAUGGGGGGGGGGGAUCAUAUUGUCACGCUUGUUUAAAAGAAUAAGACAACACUCAAAAUUCCCGCAAAGUUCACCUAGAGAUCCAACUAUGCACGCCAAGGACAACUGAGCAAUGACACACGGCAGAGUCUCCAUUUGUAGCUUGCCAAAUGGAAGCGUAUUAAUGUGUGUUUAGCACAGUCACCAUAAUGAAUUAACAGGGAUUCAAAUCGGCUCGGGAAGAGAGAAAAAAAAAAAAAAAGUCAACCUUGAGUUUUUACAUUGUUGCCAGAAAUGUGAACUUGCGCCAAUAUGAAAGAAAAAAAAAACCCAUUUUGAGUUCACAUCCUCCAGUUCUUAACCUGCAUUCCUUAAGUCUGUGUCAAUUAAUGUUUCUGUGUCUAAUGUGUUCCAGAUUGGUCUCCUACUGUUUGCACAAUGAGGUGCUCCAAAGCCGAAAAGAAAACAUAGAAUGACCCCACUUGUGUCUAUUGAUUCAUUUUAACAGUGCAUUUUAUAUUGGACAAAUUGACUUCUUUUUUGAUAUAACUGUGGUUUACAUGAAAACAAAUCAUCUGCUGAGAAACUUAUUUUUCUAUGCAAGUGCUGUAAAUGUACAUAUUGUAGCUGUGUGAUGCUCUAUGAUUAAGAAACAGUCUGUUCUGGUGAUUGUUCGGUGUCGGUGAGGAUCAUAGCGGAAAGAACCGGGGCUUCCAGAAAUAUUACAUCAAUACAUCUCAUAUUUCACUGAGAGGAAGCUCCUCACACGUUGCCGGGUUCCCACACCACGGGGGAGGCCGAGUCAACCUGAGAGGAAAGGGAAUACUCAAAAAGAUCCUUGAUGAUAUGUUGCCACAUCCACUGUUCUACUGAUUAAUAUUAGACAAACUACUAAGCUCACCUCAUGGUUAAAGGGAAAAGCCCUUUCUAUUCAUAGUGUCAGUAUAAUAGAAAAAAAAAAGAAUCAUGUUCAGUCUUAUUUGUUUUCUUACAAAUCUUUCUUUUAAAGAAGAAAAUAAAAUAUUUAAAUCAGAA